UGGUUUACCCUUGCAGUGCUGCUUCAUUUUGAUUAAAGAGAAAAGGGAGCACUGCAUUCUAGAAAAAGGAGAUCAGAUGUGCUACAAACUGAUUUGUUUUAGAAAAUCUGAAUCUGGCCUUGCGUAUAGUCUGGACUGAGUAAAGAGACUUUUCCUUCUGUUACAGCAGUUUGAAGAAUAGGACUCCAACAUGUUUGUCAGGGGAAAAUUGCUUUUGGACACACUCAUAUUCUCAUUUUUCUACAGCCAAGUUUCCCUAAGUGAUGUCAAACUGUUGGAUCCUACCUCACCUGUUAUUGACGACCGGUAUGAUGGAUGUCGUAAAGAAGCCUUGGAGAAGUUUACUCCUGAUCUAUUCAAAGAAGAGCUUGACAAAAACGAGAAACUGCUGAAAGCCUGGAGAAAAUGGGAAGAUUGGAGAACAAAGAUAAACUGUACCUCACAGAUCCCUGGUGUUACUGAAGACCACACUUCUGCCCUCUCUAUCUAUCACUAUGGAGAUGAAGCGUUUUUAAAGGAGCUGAACAAUGCAGUGGAGACAAUGAUGGUGAAUGUUACCACGUAUGAAAAGGACUUCCAUUUCAAGGCUCUUCAUUUCCUGCUGAUGGAUUCCAUGAUGUUGCUGAAGCCAAAGGAGUGCGGAGAGGUAUAUGUCACUCUGGAAGAUGGAGAAAAAGUACCAAAAAUAAACUCCAAAGURAGGUUUGCRAGUUUCACARWAGUCGACUCAGAUUUAAAGUCUAUAGAUUUGUACGACAUAACCAUUCUUAAAAUAAAAACUUGCCUCUACGUCAACCUGGAGGACCAACUUUGUUUGAGAAAUCUUGGUAAAAUACUCCUAUCUCCAGCUGAAGUCUUCACUGUGGAGAGAAUAGACAAAAAGACUGCAGAUGGUGAAGAAUACACAGAAGUCGUUUUGAGCCAUUCUGAUCUGCAAAGCAACCACAACUGUGUCAUGUUCUCAAGGUCUGCAGCUGAGAUCUCCACCCUGUCAUUUCUUUCUGUGUUUCUGUUUGUAACUUUGUUUUUGACGUAUCUUUAGAACAAAUAAUCACUCAGCCAGAAAUAUGCUGGCUGAGUGGAAUAUGCUCUUUCCUCCUACUGCAUGUCAUGAAGUGACUGUUGUAAGACUUCAGGCUGUCAAGUAAUCAUAAAUCUAUAAACAUCCCCAACAUGAAUGUUUUACAACAUUGAUCACAAUCUGAUGACCUGACCCCUUCCUACGUUGUAAAAUUUCACAUCUUAUAUGAUUUUAAUGUCUUGAUCUGUCUGUUCGUUUGCAUCUCUGUCAAGUAAAGAGUGUAUGAUGUGUAAAAUUGUUCAAAUAUAAUAAAAUACUCAGUGAGCUAAAUCUGUUCUCAUUUGGUUGGAAACUACGAUAAGUAUUCCACAGACUAAAAUGUUCCUUUAUUUGUUUCAUUUUCCAAAGACCAGUAAAUCUAAAACGUUUUCACCUCAUAUAAUACUUUUCUGGAGACUUUUAGCGAACAGUGAACUCAGUGAAUCUCUAUGAAACCACCUCAAGAAUAUUUUAGCUGUGUGAUAUGGUGCAGAGAAACUGAGACCUAACAGACCACUGGAACAGUUUAAAUUGUAUUAACAAAACUCUUUCUUAGGGAUUAACAACCACUGAUGCCUAACACAUAAAGAAAUAUACCUUAAACAGAAAUAAAAUCAUUCUACAAACCAUUAACAGGCUUUACUCGACAUAUAGCAACUCUUUUCCUUAAACGCACCACAGAAAAGCACAUUUAUACAAAAUAUUAUACAUCUUAAUGUAACGCCAGUGCGCUAACAUUUCCCUUUCACUGACAUGGAAAUAGGAAUUUUGAAGCGUUUUGCAGCAAAUACAAUUUUUCUUUUUCCACAACACAUUUCAGAGAAGAAUAAAAACUAUUAGUCUGGACAUCAAGCAAUAAAGAAUGGACCGCAGGUACAAAAAAUAUAUGUAUUUAUCUGAAAAUAAGUGAAAGUAACAACUGGUAUGUUGUCGCAGGUGAAAAAUGUACUCCUGGGUGUACAGUUAAGCUUAAAAUUAUUCAUACUCCAGGCAGAUUUCAAAAUAAUUCUCAUUAAGCCAAUGAGUUUUUUUUCUAAGGGGAAAUAAGAACGGUUCCUCUCCAAAGAUAAAAAAAAAACUAAACAAA